AUGGCAAAGAAAUUAUUUGUUGUUAUUGCUAUUUUGUCAUCAGCAAUAUUCAUAGAGGCGCAAGUGCCUACAACUUAUCCACCAGUUGAUGUACCACCACCGUUUAGACCAGAAUGGGCAAUCGACUUGAGUCAAGUCCCAAAGGCUCCACUCGUUCCAAAAAAUAAAGUAGGUACGGAUUGUAUUGCUAAUGACCCAUUUUGUAAUUGGAGUUGUACAAAUUGCAUAAAUCAAACUAUUGAUUAUGAUCGUUGUCCUGAUAAAAAUGUAUGGGGUAUAACUUAUGAUGAUGAUCAUCUUAAGGCAAAAAAUGUAAAAGCAACAUUUUUCAUUGUUGGCUCCAGAGUUACGGAAAAUCCUGAUAUUUUAAAAAGAACUGUUAAUGAAGGACAUCAAAUCGGAGUCCACACUUGGUCGCACUCAUAUUUAACAUCUCAAACAAACGAAGAAAUUAUAGCCGAGAUAAAAUGGACUGAACAAAUCAUCAAAGAAACAGUUGGAGUGACCCCUCGCUUUAUGAGACCACCAUAUGGCGAUAUAGAUAAUCGUGUUAGAGGUAUACUUGCCUUAUUAGGAUAUAAAGUUGUUAUAUGGGAUCAUGACACAGAUGAUUGGGAGUCAACAAAUCAAGGUUUUGUACCGGAUUCUAUUACUACAGAUUUUACUGAAUGGGUAAAAAAUACAACCGCAACCACUGGUCAUAUUUCUUUGGAACAUGAUUUGUAUCCUAUAGCUGCUAAAAUGGCAAUUCCAUCCCUUGAUAUUGUUUUGGGUGCUAAUUUUCAAGUAGAACAAGUGGCCAAGUGUGUAUCUGAAUCUCCAUAUCGUGAAUUUCCUGGUUUUCCUGGUGAUAAUUCUACUAGCCCAACUCCAGCAAUUACUACUAGUUCCAUGGCACCAACUACAGCAGCGGCAUCGACAGUGAAGCCAAUAUCAUCACCAACACCAUACA